UUAAUAAGAGCGCUUUUUAAUCGUGCCCAUCACGGAUUUGGCCAAACCCACAAUGAGGGAAGCCGAAUGAUAAAAGAGCCAAUAUAUCCAUCAGCCCAUUAUGAAAAUUUCUAGGUCUAUUCAGGAGUCUGGUCGCUCUAGAAGGUCUUAUUACUUCAAGACAAAUUCGAAUUUUAUUGGGAUCUUUACGAUUUUUCAUAGAAAAGUAUAGUCAAGGAAAUUUUCCAGUUUCAUUUUAUUUCCAGUACGAAUGGAAUCUCUAUACAAUAGACAAAAUCGAAGAUGGAUAUAAUAUUCUGUUCUUCGUAUAACACUCUGAUUAAUUAAUAGUUCCAAUUUUUUUAAAAUCGAAACAUUAUUAAAAACAUUGUAAACCAAAAUUUCUUUAGCAGUCUGUUUAAUUAAAGAUGUUUACCUUGAGACGAAAAUCCAAGGUUACGUUUUGGUUGUGUAAUAUGUUAUUCUUAAAUUAACACUCGUGAAUAGAAUGUAAAUGAACAGAUUGACUAAUAAGUUUUUAUUCGAUUUGUAUCUACUGUCGUAAAAAAUAUUAUUUUUAGUCAUUGUCCAGUUCGGCUUUUAUUCAACGAAUUUUCGAGGAAGAUGGAGUUGAAUGGAUGUCUCACUGGGAGCAGGGCAAAGUGAAUACAGUAUUCCUUCGUUUCGAAGAUAUUUCCAUCGUUCGAACAAUUUAUGAAUUUUUAGAAUAUUCUGCAUUUAACUUGAAGAUUUUCAAAAUGAUAGAUUUAACUGAAAAUAAAGGCAAUAAACAAGAAAAUCAAUAUCUUAAAUCGGAGAGCCAAAUAUAUGAUUCAGACGAACAACCUGACUUUUCACAUAGGAUUAUUGAAAAUAUAAUUAAAAAGAUAAAAAAUUACAAAAAAUUAAGUUAUAAAGCAAUAAUCUUCUUGAGAGUUCUUGAGUGCUGCCAGGGACACUGGAACUAAUUCUGAGAUGACUGAGCCAUGCGGGAGAGGAAUGAACUUAGGCCUGCUGUAACACCCAGCAAAUGUUGGAAGAAAUAGGUUCCCUGUAUAGUUGUAGAAGGGAAUUGGUGACAUCUCAUUGUGUUGUUUGUGAGCCACUAGACGAAGGACCCACUGGAAUUUCUUGCUCAGCUUAGCCUUUAUUGCUCCUGCAAAGCCCAAGGCAACAGUGUAUAGUUUUCCAAGAUGGUCAUAGAAAGACACCAAGUCACAGAAUUUGGAGAAGUGUAGAUGGGUAGUCUCGUACAACUUAAGUUCAACUUCCACUCUGGUAGACAUUUGCAUUUGUUUCUGUUUAGUUUUGCAAGGAGGGAUUUUCACAAGCCAGGUAGCACACAAUGUAGACAUGAAGGAAAUGCAUUGUAAUUGAGGGUAAUACACCUAGGUAUCACAUUAUGUCCUCUGCACUUCAAAAGAAAAAGCAUCUGGGCAUGUAAUUUAUGCCAUAAUUUUUUCAGCUUCAACAUGGAAUAGAACAUCCAUUUUCUAGUAUUCAUCUUGUAAAGUAAUGUAAAAAUAUAGCUUGGAUGUCAUGCCAACAAAUGUACAUAAGAGAGAGAAAUAAAUUGACACAAACUGGUGUUAAAGAGCUUUUAAUUCUUUGCAAGUGCUUUUGACAUUCCUAUAAACGUUGUGUUCAGGCAAUGACACAAGUUGAAUGCUUUUUCAGAACGAAUUUUAAAGUAUAGAAACACAACAGUGUUAACCGAAUGGAAUACAAAACAUAAAAUUUAAAACACUUAAAACUUAAAAUUAAAACAUUUUUUGAAAAUCACACAGUGCCAACACACAUGUGCCUAGAGAUGUGGAGACAAAUACAUAGAAAGGUGCAGGGAAGGUGGAGAUAAACAGUUAGUUAGUAUUAUUUAUUUGCUUGUACAAAUUGACCCAAAUGUCAGGCAACUCGAGGGUGGGAGUUGCAGGGGGACAACAGUGUGGUGAAGAGUGACUUCCAAAUAAGCACUAGGCUCCUUUCACUGCAAUUCCUAAGUAAUUCAGAGCAGCCCCAAAGCAAGGUAUGGUGACCAUCUUGGAUAAUUCUGUGUCACACCUUCCCACCAUCACAGAAUGUUUGUGCUCAGCUAAUCGACAAGACAGCAUUCUGGUGGUAGCUCCUAUGUAGCAGGUGUGUAUCCCAGUUCAUUCCUCCAAUUCAGAGAUGCAUAACUUAGGCAUCUGUGAAUUAAUCAUAAACAAUAAUCAUAAACUACAAUAAAAUUCCAAUUAUCUGAGUCUCAAGUAAUUUAGAUUCCACAUUAUCUGUAAGUGAAUACACCACUUUUCAUAUAUUGUAAUUCAUAAA